GGGAGGCUGUGAGGGAGGCGGAAGGCGAAGGCCAGAAGCAGACGAGGCACCCGGCGGGCCCGGAGAGGACGACGACGGAGACCCCGCAGCCAGACACCCCGCAACGUCGCCCGAUUUUCUUGGCCAGUGGGUGAACAAUAUCCUGAAACAUGGGAAAUAUUUUUGCCAACCUUUUCAAAGGCCUGUUCGGCAAAAAAGAAAUGCGUAUUCUUAUGGUCGGACUGGAUGCCGCAGGAAAAACUACUAUAUUGUACAAGCUUAAACUCGGUGAAAUAGUAACUACCAUCCCUACUAUAGGUUUCAAUGUAGAAACAGUAGAAUACAAGAAUAUUAGCUUCACGGUGUGGGAUGUCGGCGGACAGGAUAAGAUCAGACCACUCUGGCGCCAUUAUUUCCAAAACACACAAGGCUUGAUCUUUGUGGUCGACAGCAACGACCGAGAGCGAGUCAACGAAGCCAGAGAAGAGCUUAUGAGAAUGUUGGCAGAAGAUGAGCUCAGAGACGCUGUCCUUUUAGUCUUCGCUAACAAACAGGACCUGCCGAACGCCAUGAAUGCCGCGGAAAUCACAGACAAACUAGGAUUGCAUUCUCUCCGCCACAGAAACUGGUACAUCCAGGCCACCUGUGCCACCAGCGGGGACGGCCUCUAUGAAGGACUGGACUGGUUGUCCAAUCAGCUCCGGAACCAGAAAUGAAGCCCUGAAUUAUUCCUCUUUUCUCCCCC